GCUACACCCGCUAUAACAUCUGCUUACGUUAUAGUGGGACGUUGGCUAGCUUCCGAUUCGUUGAGCGCCUGAAAGUGGGAUCAGAAACGAGUUUGAACGGUGUAUCGCUAGUUGUCGGAUUCCGACACAGAUAAACAAGAUAGCUAGUUACACAGAGUGACAGUAAUAAAUGGGCACAACAAUCCAGCUUCACAACGAGAUGGUAGUAAGUAACUAGGAUAUCGGUUCAAAAUACCCGGUGGCGAUAUGACACGUGUGCUCGGCAUACUCCGCUCUCUCUAUCCGCAUGUCCAGACUCUGGAGGAGUUUGCAGACGGUACUGUCUUCAGAGAGGGACAGAGAGCGGUGCUCAUUGAACCGACAGAUACAAACCGCUACAUAUCGUUUGUCCGGGGAGUGUUUGUCUGCACGGAUAAAACCUUACAGAACGUCCCCAGCUGCAAUCAGAUCAGCACCGUGCCUGAGCUGUUGGCGUUCGUGUUGAACAACAUCAAGAGGAAAAAGAAAAGAAACGUCCUGGCGCACGGUUAUGGUUACCCCUCCACGUUUCAGGACCGCGACGCCGACCAGUUUAAGUUUCAUGGCGAGGUCACUCAGAGUGCCGCGUACAUCCACGGCAGUGACUUAUGGAAGAGGAUCUGCCAGCGUCUCGGCACCGACGUCUCCAAGUACCUCCUGGAGACUUGUUCUGUGUUCGUGACGGUGCCACCGUCGUCCGCGUUCCAGGUGUGCGGCGUGCCUGUGUACGACCGCGUUUCCAUGUCAACGGGUAUCUCUAGGUUCCACCUGGGAUACAAACGGAAUGGUACUACUAGGAACAGCAGAGGGAGAAAUAAGGAGGUCAGAAAUGGGGGAUGGGAAUUUCAGGGUUCUUAUGGGAGAAGAAGGGAUGGAGGUAGAGACACUAGGAAAAGGAAGGGAGAAGAGGUGAGUUUGGGUGGGAAGAGGAAGAGGGAGGAGGUGGAAGGAGAUGGGUGUUUGCCUGGAAAAAGGAGAUGCACUCAAAGGGAAGCUUCCACAGUCUCCAGUGGGACUAGCGAUCGUAAGCACAGAACACUGGAUACAAAUGGGGUCAAGCGACCAGUGGAGGUUAUUUCUCUCACCAAGGGACCCACACAGAGCCUACAGGUUUUCAAUGGUUCUAGCAAUGUGGAACAGGUGUCAGUAGAAAUGGAGCAACUGGCUGGACCUGAAAGACCAGUGGAGGCUCUGAUGUUCACCAUAGAACCCACCGAGAGCUCUAAGCAGAUGUCAAUGCAAACAGGACGUAGAAGGCCAGCGGCGACACCGGCUGUAGUCCAAAGACCAGUAGAAGAACAGUCUGGACACGUAUCAGCCACCGCCCAUCUAGAGGGGGGUCCUAGUUGGAGAACAGGGUCGUUCCCACCACCCCCUCCCUCCCAGUGUUUCAUCCGCACCCUGGGCAUGCUCUACGGAGGGCGGGGCAUGCGCAGCUUCCUACUAAACAGGAAGAGGAAAGGUAGGGAUGAGGGGCCCAGGCGUCUUCAGGGGCGAGACUUAGUGAGACUGGUCUUCUUUGAAGGCGUGGCCUAUCUGAACGGAACAGAGAGGAAGCCUAAGAGACUUCCCAGAAGGUUUUUCACCUUGGUGCCUUUGUUUUGUCAGUUGUUACGUCGACACAGGAAGUGUCCCUAUUCUAAGAUACUGCAGAGAGUUUGUCCAGCGGGAGGACAGGGGGUUAUGGCCUCCCUCCUGCCCCAGCACAGUGCACUUCACCGGGUGUACCUCUUUGUCAGAGAGUGCCUCAUCAUGGUGGUCCCCCCGGAGCUCUGGGGGUCGGACCAUAACCGAUUCAAAUUCCUGUCCGCAGUCAGGAAGUUCCUGGCCAUGGGCAAGUUUGAGAGGAUCUCAUUGGCUGAGCUGAUGUGGAAGAUGAAGGUGAAUGACUGUGAUUGGCUGAAGAUCAGCAAGACAGGCCGCUGCCCGCCCAGUGAGCUGUCGUAUCGGACGCGGGUGCUAGGCCAGCUCCUGGCUUGGCUGCUGGAUGGCUAUGUGCUAGGCCUGGUGAGAGCUAUGUUCUACGUCACCGAGAGCAUGGGACAGAAGAACGCACUGCGCUUCUACAGAUACCAGGUCUGGGCCAAGCUGCAGGAGCUGGCUUUCAGGGGUCACCUCUCUAAAGGUCAGAUGUCAGAGUUGACCCUGGCCCAGGUGACGUCGCUCCCCAAAACCACUGUCACCUCCCGCCUCCGCUUCAUCCCCAAGACCGACGGCAUGAGACCCAUCACACGGGUCAUAGGGGCUGACGCCAAAACAAGGUUGUUCCAGGCCCGUGUGAAGGACCUGUUAGAUGUGCUAGGUGUCUGUGUACGCUCCUCUCCCUCUCUCCUGGGCUCUACAGUGUGGGGGAUGACCGAUAUCCACAGAGUCCUCUCCUCCAUCACCCCUGCUCAGAAAGACAAACCACAGCCGCUCUACUUUGUCAAGGUGGAUGUGAGUGGGGCCUAUGACAGUCUACCCCACACUCAGCUCUUGGAGGUGAUUGGUCAGGUCCUGUCACAUGUGCAGGAAGAACUCUUCUCGGUGCGAUGCUACGCCAAGGUGUGGGCAGACACCCACGAGGGCCUCAAGAAGACCUUUGUCAGACAGGCAGACUUCAUGGAAGACACUGUGACGUCCACCAACAUGAAAGGCUUUGUGAUGUCACUGCAGCGAGAGGGCAAAGUUCACGAUGCCAUACUGGUGGAGCAGCAUUUCUCCACAGAUAUUCAUGGUAAAGAUGUCUUGGAGUUCUUCACCCAGAUGCUCUCUAGCUGUGUUGUUCAGUUUGGGAAGAAAACGUUCCGUCAGCGUCAGGGGAUUCCUCAGGGUUCUGUGGUGUCGUCUCUGCUGUGUUGCCUCUGUUACGGUCACAUGGAGAACCUCCUCUUCCCUAACGUCAGUCAGAGAGGAGGGUGUCUGAUGAGACUGGUUGACGAUUUCCUCCUCAUUACUCCUGACCUGAGCCAGGCACAGACAUUCCUCAAGACCCUGAUGGCGGGGGUACCACAGUACGGGUGUGUGGUGAACCCCCAGAAGGUGGCUGUUAACUUCCCUUUGAGGGAGGGGGUGUCCUGUCCUGCCGGGGUACGCCUGCUGCCCUUACGCUGUCUGUUCCCCUGGUGUGGACUACUGCUGAAUACAUACACCCUGGACGUCUACAAUGACUACUCUGGCUACGCUGGCCUAUCCCUGCGCUACAGCCUGACGCUAGGCUCCGCCCACUGUGCAGGGAAGCAAAUGAAGAGGAAGCUCAUGUCCAUCCUUAGACUCAAGUGCCACGCCCUCUUCCUGGACCUCAAAGUUCCAUGCCUGUGCACAGAGUUUGCCGUUUGGUCAGAAGGUGGGCAGAAACCACGCAUACUUCCUCAAUGUGAUCUGGGACAUGGCGGAGUACACCAACCAGCUCGUCAGACUCUGCAACAAAGGUCUGUCUCUAGGCUGUAAGGCUAUAACAGGGAGUCUUCAGUAUGAGGCAGUAGUACUGAUGUACUGUCUGCCCCCC